AUGGCUCCAUCAGCUCUUCUUCCCGAGGAAACAAGCGUGCUUGAGGCACCUUUGCCAACCAAGUUUUUGACCCAAGAAAAAUGCACCGGCUGGGAAUAUGAUCUGCGAGAAAAAGGAUUCGCCGUUGUCAAGAACGCCAUACCUCAGUACCGAGCCGCCAAGUAUCAAGAGAAAGCCUAUGAGUGGCUGAAGUCCUUCGGUACAGAGCUAGACUUCAACAGACCCGAGACCUGGAUCAAAGAGAACCUACCAGUUCAAAGCAAGAUCAACACAUUCAACGGUUACUGCAUGCUCCACGAGAAGUUCAUGUGGGAUGCCAGACAAGAGCCCGGGGUCCUAGACACAUUCGCCAAAAUCUGGGGUACGGAAGAACUACUCGCCAGUUUUGACAGCUUGAACAUCACAUUCCCCAACCGAAAGGAUGUCGAGAAAUUGGGAGCAUGGGAACACGUCGAUCAAAGUCCUUUCCGGAGAGGUUUGCACUGCAUCCAAGGGAUCAUCGCCCUGAGCCCUUCUGGCCCAGAAGACGGAGGCUUGCUCGUCUAUCCCGGAUCUCACAAACUGAUGGACGAGUUCCUCGACACACAAACAGACAAGAGCACUUGGGAACGCAUCGACCGGUUUGUCUUCGACCAAUCUCAACUUUCGUGGUUCACAGCACGCGGUAUCCAACCUGAGAAGGUCUGCGCGGAGGUCGGUGAUCUGAUUCUGUGGGACAGCCGCACGAUCCAUUACGGCAGUGUGCCGGGUGAGAAAAGUACUCAGAUUCGAACUGCGAUCUAUGCUGCGUACACGCCUGCGAGACUUGCGAGUGAAGAGACACUGAAGAAGAAGACGGAGAUCUUUGGGCAGUGGGGUGGCACGACGCAUUGGCCGCAUGACAAUAUUCGGAUCAGGGAGGUGAAAACGUUCUUGGAGGAUGGAACCAGGGAUCCAAGGGAUAGGGAUGAACCGCUUGAGAAGCCAGAGAUGACGGAUAAGUUGUUGAAGUUGGCUGGUGUGAAGAGGUAUUGA